AAGAGUGGCAGAAUGGUGUGAGAAGUUCAGUUGUGCCUAUCUUAACGUUGGGAACACUUGCUGCAUCUUUGAACAAGAUUCUGGGUGUCGAGGCGAUAUUCUCAGUGGAAAUGAAUAAGACAUGCUUGGACAAUAAUCUUCAGCUGGAGAAGUAUUACCUUCCAACAUUGUAUGCAAUAGAGUUCCUUUUAGGACUGGUUGGAAACCUUUCUGUAAUAUGGGGCUACAUAUUCUGUCUGAAGGAAUGGAAGUGCAGCAACAUCUACCUUUUCAAUCUUUCCAUCUCGGACCUGGCUUUCAUUUGUACCCUUCCCAUGCUCGUCAUCUACUAUGCCAAAGGCAACAAGUGGGUUUUUGGUCAGGUCACGUGUACAUUAAAUAGAUACAUUCUUCACGCGAACAUGUACACAAGCAUCUUGUUUCUCACUUGCAUCAGCAUCGAUCGUUACCUACUGGUGGUAAGCCCAGUGAAGCUUCACUGGUUUCAGAAAAAGUUCAAUGCCGUUAUAAUCUGCCUCAGCAUUUGGGUUUUUGUAACACUGGAGUUGGUGCCUAUAUUCAUUUUUAUCGAUGGUCAGAUAAUCAACAGCACAGAUGAUGAGUCCUUCUUCCAGUGUUUGGAUUAUGCCAGCUCGGGAAAUGCCUCCCAGAGUUUGAUUUACAGCUUAUGCCUCACAGUUUCUGGUUUUCUCUUACCUCUCUGCAUCAUGUUUUUCUUCUAUUUCCAAACUGCACGCUGCCUUAAGAAAAUAAUGCAACAGCGCACCAAGGUUCACGUGGAAAAGCCGCUUACCUUGGUCGUGUUGGCCAUUGUCAUUUUCUUGGUAUUCUUCACUCCUUAUCACAUAAUGCGCAACAUUCGCAUUGCUUCCCGAGUGGAGAACAGCACCAUGUCAGAGUGCAGGAAAUUGGCUGUAAAGACUCUGUACGCCAUCUCAAGGCCCAUAGCUUUCCUCAACUCCAUUACGAACCCUAUUUUCUACUUCAUGUUGGGGGACAAGUUCAGAGAGCAGUUCUUCAACAAACUGAAGAGCAUCUUCUUGGGAAAGCCUGAGGUAUCCCGUCAGAAAGAGGACAGUUCCAACAGGUCGACUGGUUUAAACAAAUGCUGAGGCUCAACAAUUCUGUAAAUUAAUCAAAUAAUUCAUGAACCUCUCCAUAAUUCACUUCAUGUUUGGGAGUAGCGUUUUGAUG